AUGGCGAGUUUUCCGAAGAGGGAGGAGCAUUUGGUUACUUUCCAAAGUACGGUGGCGAAGACUCAGAUUGAUUAUCUCCUCCUUGGGAGAUGCGAUAGAAGUUUGUGCAAGGAUUACAAGGUUAUCCCGGGCGAGACCCUCGCGACGCAGCAUAAGUUCUUGGUGAUAGACGUAGGUAUCAUGAUAAGGAGGAAGAAGAGGUCUGUUCGAGGACGACCGAGGAUCAGGUGGGGAGCCUUGACUAAGGAUAAAGCUCGAGAAUUGGAGGAGAGGUUAUCGGCUAUGGGAGCCUGGAGGAGCGACUGGUGGUGGAAUGAAGUGGUCCAAGGCAAAGUGGAAGUGAAGAAGGCGGCGUACCUAAAGUUAGUAGGGAGCACGAUCAAGAAGGAGAAGGAGCGAACAGAGAGAGAGAGGUAUAAGGUAGCGAGAAAGGAGGCGAAGUUGGCGGUCACAAAGGCUAAGACUGCAGCAUUUGGUCGUCUGUACGAGGAACUGGCAGACAAAAGCGAGGAUAAGAAGUUAUUUCGGUUGGCUAAGGCGAGAGAGAGGAAGGACGAAGAGGAUGUCGGAUUAGUGGAGUGCAGAUGUUGGAGCAACUCCUCUAUGCUGUGGGUGUGGAGGGGGGGUGGGCUGUCGCCGCCUGAUAGAGGCAUCAAGUUACUAAGUCAUACCAUGAAAGUUUUGGAGAGGGUGAUAGAAGUGAGGGUGAGGAUGAUGGUGUCUAUAUCUGACAACCAGUUCGGGUUCAUGCCGGGUCGUUCAACCACGGAAGCUAUCCACUUUAUUAGAAGGUUGGUGGAACAAUACAGGAAUAGGAAGAAGGAUCUGCACAUGGUGUUUAUUGACUUGGAGAAAAUGUAUGACAAGGUCCCUAUAGGGAGGUUCUCUAGAAAUGCCUGA